AUGGGUGCUGAUAUUUAUUCCCCAGAAAAGGUUUCAACGCACAAUGAUGCCGCCGACCUUUGGAUCACAAUCGACCAAGAAGUGUAUGAUCUAUCGAACUUCAUUGAAGAACAUCCCGGCGGUGCUAAUAGUGUGUUCAAGUUCUCUUAA